AUGAGGUGCUACAAGGCACGAAGGAACAAGAAGGGUAAAGGUGUUGCGCCGGUCGUGCCGGAACGAAAGAGAGGUAUCAUUGUCAAGACGGAAUGCCCUGUCCGGUGUAAGCUAAACGUAGAUGGAGCACGGUGGGUGGUCACUGAAUAUUUCGACGAGCACAAUCACGAACUUCUAAAGAAGUUUGACCUGGUAAAAUUUCUGAGCGCCCACAGAGGAUUCAGCCCCCUCGAGAAGAAAUUCAUAAAGCUGCUACAUGAUUGUAACGUUGGUCCAUCAAGAAUGGUCCAGAUACUGUCCAUGAUCCACAGCAAAAAUGGAACUCUGAGUAGCAUGCCCUACAUACCAGCAGACAUCACAAACCUAAAGGCAAAGUACCGUAGAGAGAGCAGGUUGGCUGACAUAGAAGACACGAUAGCCUACUUCGACGAGAAAGCAAAAGCAGAUCCUGAUUUCUUCUACAGGAUAAGAUUGGACGAUGAGGACCGUGUCAGGAACAUGUAUUGGGUGGAUGGUGCUGCAAGAAGAGCCUACAAACAUUUCCGGGAUUGCAUUUCGUUUGACGCGACAUAUCUCACUAAUAUGUACAAGAUGCCCUGCGCUCCAUUCAUAGGAAUAAAUAACCACAAUCAGUCAUUGCAGUUCGGUUGCGGGCUCGUUCGGAACGAAGGCAUAGGGGAGGUCUUUCCGUUCGCAGUGCACAGGCACUGCAGGUGGCAUAUUAUAAAGAAGGCUGAGGAGACACUAGGACCGUUCUUUGCUGACCGUCCAGAGCUGCACAAGGCAUUCGAGUUGUGCGUGGACCACAGCUUGACGGUGGAGGAGUUUGAAUGGAGCUGGACAGCUAUGAUUGAAACAUAUCAAGUCCAAGACAACGAGACCCUUGCUAGCCUGUGGGAGAAGCGAAUGUACUGGGUGUCAGCCUACUUCAUGCACUGCUUCUUCCCAUUUCUGCAGACUACGCAGCGCAACGAGGGGUUCAAUGCUGUUCUGAAGCGGUACGUGAGCCCUGGCAACUCAUUGCUGCAGUUUGCCAAGCAAUACAUAGCUUUGCAACAGAAAAUACUGGGAUCUGAGCUACAGCAAGAAGCAAACACCGCGCUCAAGCAGCCUAAAUUGCUAACAUAUUUACCGAUGGAGAUGCAGAUGACCAAGACAUAUGCCAACAAGAUUUUUAACAAAUUCCAGGAAGAAAUAAAGCGUGUCAGCAUGUACACGGCUUACCAGGUGGACGAACAUACGUUCAAGGUGUGUUCUCUCUUUGGCAUGUCGGAUUCAGAACCUGAAGACCCAGACAAAGGAAGGAACUACUUUGUGAAGGCCUCGAUAAACGAAGGCGAAUACUACUGCCAAUGCUGCAAAUUCGAACGGGACGGGAUUGUGUGCUGUCACAUACUAAAAGUAAUGGACAUGAACGCGGUCACACGAAUGCCCCGCCAUUUCAUACGGCGGCGAUGGACUUGGGACGCUGACGAUGCAUUGAGGCCACAAACAUCAAAUGCAGUUUUGGCCGUGCAUAAUGAGAGACCAGAGGCAACCAUGGAAGCCAUGAGGCACGUUGUGUUGACAAAGAACUAUGCUGAACUAAUAGAUGAAGCGUGCAAGAGUGAUGAGACAGCGAGGAUGGCAGAAAAACACAGGAAGGCCCUGAAAAGAGAGCUUGAUGAGAUCAAAAAGAGGAAAGCUGAGGAAGCCUUACACAGGUUCCCCCGCACCUCAAGUGUGCCUUCGUCCAUGGGGCCAUCAUCUGAAAACUCGGAGGUAGGAUCUAGAACAGCAAGCACACAAACCCAGGUCAGGAACCUGCCCCGUUGCAUCACAAAAGGGCAUCCAAAAGAGGUGAGAUACAAAUCGGGGUUGGAGAUUCAAGCAAAACACAAGAAAACAAAGAAAGGGAUGGGCAAUCCGUAA